UCAAGUCAGUAAGUUGUGAGUUGACGCGCCUAGAAUUUCAUAAAAUUUUUGGCGCAAUAUUAUAAGAAAUCCUUCAGAAAAAUGGAUUCGGAUAUAUCGGACGCAGUAGAGUCAGAUACAGAUGGAUCUAUUUGUAGUAUUCACGUGCGCAAUUUUUUUUGCCAUGACAAUUUGCAAAUUGAUCUGAACAAGAACGUUAAUUUUGUGGUUGGGCGUAACGGCAGUGGUAAAAGCGCAAUUCUGACUGCUUUAGUCGUCGGUUUGGGAGGCAGGGCCUCUGCGACGAACAGGGGAAACAAUUUACAUUCCUUCAUUAAGAAAGGCGCUAACUCUGCAUCAGUCGAGAUCAAGAUCCGCAACAGCAGCGAGCAGGCGUACAAGCAUGAUGUGUACGGAGACUACAUCACUAUUGAGAGGCACCUCAAUGCCUCUGGGGGCUCAAGCUACAAGGUCAAGAAUGCACAAGGCAAAGUGAUCUCCACAAAAUUCGACGAAGUCAACAACAUCAUCACAGCACACGACAUCCAAGUGGACAACCCAAUAUCUGUCCUCAACCAGGACGACGCACGCGGCUUCCACGCCGCUGACGCCAAGCGGAAAUUCACUCUGUUCCGGAAGGCCACCAAUUUGGACCGGACGGAGGCGAAUUACUUGUCCGCUCUGGACAGUUGUAAGAUGGCGAAGAAUAUAUGGACCAGGAAAUCUGAGGCUAUAGAAGACGUGAAAAAAGAAAAAAUUAAGUUAAAAGCGAUGCACGAUAGACUCCAGUCCCGUAGCGAGAUCAUCGCGCAAGAGAAGGCGCUUGAGAACGAGUACUAUUGGAGCGAGGUGGCGCAGCUCGAGCGAGACGUUAGCGACAUCGAGGCCAAGAGACAGAGACAGCAGGACAAGAUAGCCAAGCUGGAGGACAAGCUGAAGGGCUUGGAUGCGAGCUGCGGCGGGAAAAAUGGAGUUAUUGAUACUCUAAAAACCCAGUUCGAAGAGCAUAACAACCAACGCACACUCCUCGAGCAACAGCUCAAAAACCUGGAAGAUCAAGUGCGAGCUGCCCAGACUGCACUGAGAGGCUUCCAGAACACUGGCAAUAAGCACUCCGAUCAGAUCAGGAGGGAGAAGAGGAAAGCUACAGCGUUGGAGCUCGAGAUCAGGAACAUCAAUGAGGGCGACUCGCAAUCCCAACGCUCAUCGCUGGAAAAAGCCGCUGCGACAGCAAAGAAGGCGCUCGACGCGGUGCGAGCGCGCUACAGCACGGCGCAGCACGAGUUCAGCCAGGCGCAGCAGAACAGCGCGCACUGCGCGGGGCAGUGCGAGCGAGCGCGGCAGGCCACUGUGCGGGCGAGGAGCGAACUGAUAAAACUGCAGCAAGAGCAGCGAUCCCUGCAAUCUCGGGGCAACGACGAGCUCGGCGUGUAUGGAGAGGAGAUGGUCGCGCUGUGCAGGGCCGUGGAGCAGGCCCACAGCAGGGGACAGUUCACCAAGAAACCCAUCGGGCCUGUCGGGGCCCACCUGAAAGUUCGCGAGAAGAAGUGGGGCGGCGCCCUGGAGCACGUGCUGGGCGGCGCCCUGAAGAGCUUCCUUGUCAACGACGACAAGGACAGGGUGUUGCUGUUCAACCUGAUGAACAAGAUAUACGGUAAAAGAAGCAAGCCAAGCGUGACCUGCAGCAAAUUCCUCCCCAAACAACACGACGUGUCGCAACAUGUUGUACGCGCACGUCCGCACAUGUCCGCGCUCGAUUCGCUCGUCGUCACCAACCCCGUCGUCGCCAACUUCCUGAUAGAUAGCGUGGGGGUGGAGAGGAUACUGAUGGUGCCUGAGCAUGCGGACGCCCAACGUCUCUCGGACCGCGUGGAGAACGUGCCGACGAACUGCGGACGCAUCGUGACGAUCGACGCCACCGAGUACUACCCCGCGCCCCGCUACCGCAGCUACGGCGGCUCCAACCGCCGCGCCUGCUACCUCGCCGUCUCCACCACGGAGCGCAACAGACAGCUGCUAGAAGACAUCAAGGAGGCGCAAGCGCAGCUGAGAGAGCUGGAAGCUGAAGAGAAAGAGUUGGACGCGGCCUUGAAAGAGGCCAAGCAGCUCGAGCACGUCGCUUCCAGGGAUCUGCAGAAACUGCUAAGCGAGCAACACACGAAAGAGAAAGAGGAACGCGACGCGCGCGCCGCGCUCGAACAGCAGCAAGCGCCGCACCAAGCCGCCGUACUGGUAGAAGAACUAACCCAGUCCCAGGCCAUACUGGAACGCUUAAACGAGCAAGUGGAAGAGUGGACACAGAAGGAGCAAGAACAGAAGAAGAGGAUAAACGACCUCGAGCGGCAGAUGAAGGAAGUCAAGAAACGGUUCAGCGAGGCGCAGAAGACUUGCGGGAAUCUGGAGGAAGAAAUAGAACAAGAGCAUCUAAAACAAGAGCGAGGGGUGGCAGAGCGACAAACCGUCCAGCGGCGGCUCAGAGAGGACCGCGCCACGCUGCAGCAGAUGGAGGCAGCCCUGGACGAGCGGCAGGACGUCGUGAGGAAGAAGACCGGCGAGGCGGAGAUGUUGUGUCCGCGUGUUGACAACCCUAGGGACACGAAGACAGUGCAAGAAGAGAUAGCGAAAACGAAAUCGAAGCUGAACGCAAUCCGCACCGACGGUCGGAGCAAGGCCGAGGUAGCAGAAGAGUUACUCCGGGUCACCACCAAGUACAACGAUACCAAAAACAAACUGGACCGCAUACAAGCGCUCGUGGAACAGUGUUCGAAGUCGACCGAGAAACACCGGCACAUGGGCUACAAGCUGCAGGUGUGCAUCGCGCGGCGCGUGCAGUUCGACUUCAACGCCAUGCUCAGCGUCAACGGGUACUCGGGCAACAUGAACAUCGAUUUUUCCAACGCCGUACUCGAGAUAACCUGCACGGGCCGGGAGAGCACCCGCCACGCAUCCACUACAGCCUCUCUGUCCGGGGGCGAACGUUCCUACAGCACUGUAGCCUUCAUCAUGGCGCUGUGGGCCUGUGUGGAGCUGCCUUUCUACUUCCUAGACGAGUUUGACGUGUUUAUGGACAACGUGAACCGGCAGCGGGUGAUGAACAUCCUCCUGAACCACGCGCUCAAGAACCCCUCGCGGCAGUUCGUGUUCCUCACGCCGCAGGACGCCUCGUCCGUGAAGGCGGGCCCGCAGAUCAGCAUCCACGUAAUGGCGGACCCGCGACCAUAGUUGCCAUAAGUAGUUAUGUUUAAGUUUGAAUGAUUAUGAUAAGAGUUGAUUAUUGUUGUUUGAUUCCAAUAACAUUUUAAUUGUUAAUGUGACACAAUCGAAGCCUGAAAUAUUUUAAACAGAUGAAACCUUGAAAGUCCCUUAAAUUGGCAAAUAACGGAUCAUGGCUUUAGGAUUUCUCAGAGUUCUACAAUAAAAUUAUUCUGACUUUCCGCCACAAAUACGAGUACCUAGACGUAAUAUUUAAGAUACAUAGUUUCUAGCAGAAAUGGCACAUGAAGCAAAACCUAAUGAAGAACCACAAUCGUUUCAAAAGAAACAAUGAUAUACGAACAAAGGUUCUACUUAUUGCCAAUUUGAGAGUUAGAUAUAUUUUUGUACGUUUUUUCAAUGUCUAAAGAC